AUGAUAUAUUUGGACUUCGCGAAUGGCAAUUCAGGAGUGCAAAAAAAAAUGGCUUCUACGCCAGAGCAAGUUGUUUGCACUCCAACUUUUGUUUUUCCAACAGCAUUUCCAGUUAAUGGUUUUCAACUGUGGAAAGAUGAGCAAAAAGGUAAUAUAUUUCUUACAGAUGUUUUGACGAUCUGCAACAGUUCUACCCCUUGGGAUUAUAGAGGUUUUGAUCCUCGCUCACAUUUAGCCAAUUUUCAUGUUGCUGCAGCUGCUAGCCAGUCUCAACCGUUACAGCAUCCUGAAGAUUCUAAACAAAAAGGAGUGAACAGAGUGGGUAGUUUAAAGAAUCAUCUAAUUAACCAGAACGAUUUCUCGACGGCUAGAAAUUUAUUAGUAGCUGCUGCAUCGGCACCACCAGCAUUUCCAGGGAUUGAUUCUGGGUUAAAAAUACCCAAUCCUAAUUUAGAUAAACAAAAUCAACCUCAACCUCCCCCACAGCAACAGCAGCAACAACCUUCACAGCAGCAGCAACAACAACAGCAGCAGCAGCAGCAACAACAACAGCAACCUCCACCACCUCAUCCCCAACAGCACCAACACCAGGCUCAUGAUGAUCAGCAACAGCCAAAUCAGCUAGGUGAAAAAGAGCGUUCAUGGCCCUGCCCAUCUUGCAAAGUUCCCUUCAAACAGGCUUCUGAACUGCAGGCCCAUUUGUCCGCUCAUACUAAGGGCGAGAAAACGGUGCCAUGCGAUAUUUGUGGCAAAUAUUUUGCCUCUGGGGACCGAGUCCGCAUUCACGUCAAGGCUGCCCAUGGUGAAAAAUCUUGCUCUUGUGAAAUCUGUGGAAGUGGAUUCAGUUAUCGCUGCAAGCUCCUGGAUCACAUGAGGACCCAUACAGGUGACAAACCUUUCCAUUGUGAGGUGUGUGGGAAAAGCUUUUCUCAAAAGAACCAUCUUACUCGGCACAACAUGAUUCAUACUGGUGAACGUCCAUAUCCUUGUGAUUUUUGUGGUAGGGGAUUCUAUAGGAAGGAUAAGUUAACAAGACAUCGAAGGAUCCAUACAG